CCCCAUAUCAAAUACUAAUCCAUCUUUUGGGAUUAAAUCUCAUAUUCUUGCCUAUUUUAACAAAAGAAAUCCUAACCUUAAUUAUAAUCUUUAUUCUUUCUCUUCCUCUAUCCAUGUAGAGCCGCAACUCCUCUCUCCUUCUUCAAUAUCAUAGCAGCGGUCGGCCCUCCCCUCUCUCUGUGCUCCGGUGAAAACUCUACCACCAAGAGGCACGACACCGCUCUCUCUUCCCCCUGUGCUCCGGUGAAAAUGCUACCACCAAGAGGCACGACACCGCUCUCUCUUCCCCCUUCUCUCCCCCCGUAUCUCUCGUCUCGAUUCAACAACAACCAGGCUAGGCCAUUUGCGAGCAGAAGCUCCAACCGACGACGCCCAUGUUAUCUCCCUCCGCCUCUCAUACCUUUCUCCACCUUCCUCUUCUUUUUUCCCCUCUCUUUGUGGGACCAACAACAGCGCCAGGUGAGACCACUAGCGAAGGAAGCAGUCGCCGACAAAAGCAACCACCAGGAAGUAGCCCCAACAAGCAGAGUGCUCCGGCGAUAAUGCUGAGUGCUAGCAGCCAAUGUUGCUCCCUCCGUUCUCCAUUUUUCGAGAAACAACAAAACGUGCAGCUUCGACUCCAGCGAGAAGCAAAACAGAUUCUGCUCCGGCGAGAGCUCUGGUCAACGAGCAGCUACGCAAAAAUCUUCUCCAUCUCCGGUGCCCCUUUUUUCUUUUCCAGCAAGGACGAACUUCAAAUUCCAGCAAAUACUUCGAAGCUUCUGAGCUUGGUAAGAAGGAUCUUGACAGAUCCGUCCAGGUAAGUUUUAAUUAAUUUUCUGGCUAUUCUAACUCCUUUUUCUUAAUGAGUUUGAGAAUUCGAACAUCCUAUAGUAUGUCAUGAUAUAUUAAUUUGUCUUGUAAAAUGUGAUGUUUAGAAAACAUAUCUAGGUUUAAAUUCUCUAAUCAAACUUAAUAGUGAUCUGGUGAAUUUUUCCCUUUGCCUUUGUGCUAAUAUUUGCUGUCGAUUGUUUAACGCGGUCAUUGAGUUUUUUUUUUGCUCCGCCAUAAUCAUGGAUUUGUUAAUUUCUAAUAUUUGUUUCCCUCAAUUGAUCCUAAAUAGUUUAUUGAAAUUAAAAAAUGUUUAUUGC